CGACCUGCUGGAGGGACAGACAUUUCAUGUUCACCGAAUUCGCAGUCUGACUUGGCGACCACUACUGCAGUGCGCAGCAUGCUCAACUCCAAGGCCAUCAACGAGCUGCUGUCGCGCAACCGUGAUGGCAAGCUGUGCAAGCGCUGGUACCUCAUGACGCCGAAUGGGACUUUGUUGGCGUACAGUCAGCCCGUGGACAUCAACGAUUUGCGCAAACAAGCCGCAAUCGCCGCCAUCUGCUGGCAAGAACACCGCUCCCAGGAUGCACGAGGAGACAAUGGAGCAGACUAUCCGGGCGAGAUCCGGGAGGACGGCGAGCAGAAUCCCUUGCAUACGCUGAUCAUAGAAUCAGAAGUGUCAAAUAUCAUCAUGCGCCAGAUACAGAAACAGCUUCUUCUGGUCUUGGAGGGUGGUGUGCCACCCAGACGAGCGGUCUUUGUGAAAACGAUCACAGCAGAAGGCGCAAAUGGCGCUCGGCUGCAGUCAAACCAAACUGCGGGAGACUCUUCGGCCACGUCAAACGUAGCAUCAGACACGAACGUCAGCAAAGGCGGCUCGAAUGCGUUGAAGCUGCAGCGAAAGAAGCUUGACGGGCUGGCUGAUGUCAUUCUUCGAGACUUUGAGGCGACUGGCUUUCGAAUGCCCGAGGGCUCGAUAACAUUUUGAGACGACAAAUUGUUCCAAGAAGCGAUGCUUUACACAGCAGCGCUCAGAAUAUCAACGAACGAUUUAGCGCCAAUGGUGCUCGUUUGGCGUGGCGGGGGAUGUGGGGUG